GAAAUACCGUCACGGUGGAACUUGCAAAGCCUGCCACGUAAUGUGUACAAAACACACCACAUGGUAGCUGCAACGAUAUCAUCACGGGGUAGAUACGAUGUAGAUUUUGCAGAGAAGCAGCUUACAUUGUAUACUUAUAAGCAAGUGCUAUUGGCUGAUAUGACAGCCAAUUUCCCCGCAAAGAUCAUGUCACCCAUACUGCAGACUAAAACGCCGAUGCACUUUCUUAACCCGAAUAAAGAUGCAUUGGUUGCUGAUUUUGUGGGCAAACCACUCGAUGGUCUAAGAACACCCGCCUUCGUCGUGGACCGCGCGGUGUUCGCAGAUAACUGCAGGAAGAUGCACGAGAAUGCCAGGAGCUGGGGGGCAACUUUUAGAGCACACUUGAAGACACACAAGACAGUCGAAGGAACGAAAAUGCAGCUAGUUUCAGAUGUCAGCAAAACUUCUGCGGUCGUUGUAUCAACGCUCAUGGAAGCUUGGGGAGUCGUGCAAGGUGGUCUCGUAGCCGACGGUACAGUCAAAGAUAUUCUUUACGGCCUUCCAGUUGGUUUGAACAAACUGGAUGAUCUGUCUGCUCUACAUGCUGAGAUGACAAAAUAUGGAGGAACCGUUCGUAUUCUCUUGGAUCAUUUAGAUCAAGUAAAAUUUCUGGAGGAAUACGAGAAAGCGCAAGAGCACCCGAAGAAAUGGUCUGCCUUUAUCAAGAUGAAUGGCGGUCUGAAGCGAGCCGGGAUACUUCCAGAGCCUGUAUCUUUCAAGGCAUUCAUGAGGAGGGUUUUUGCGUCUUCGGCAAUUUCGGUGUUUGGUUUUUACACCCACGCAGGAUACUCGUAUGGAUCAACAUCAGUAGAACAAGCCACCUCGUAUUUAACAGGGGAAGUGCGUCUUACCAAUGAUGCAGCGGCCAUGGCCAUGGAAGUUUUGGCAGAGUCAAACGACAGAGAGGUCGACAAUCAGCCAUUCGUCCUCUCCGUGGGAUCCACUCCCACAGCUCUUAGCGCAACCGCGGAAGCAAAGCUGAAGAUGACAUCCACGCUCAAUGGAACACUAGAGCUCCAUACAGGAAAUUAUCCCAUGCUCGACCUCCAGCAGCUACACACAACCUUGAUCGGCCGUCCACAAAUCUCUCAGAAGGUCUUGGCCACCGUCAUUUCAUACUAUCCAGGAAGAGGAAGCGACGGGUUAGACGAGGCCAUGUGCGAUGCUGGUGCCAUAGCUAUGAGCAAAGACACGGGUCGGAUUCCAGGGUUCGGGGAGGUUGUUGGCAAGUCAUGGAAGCUAGGGAGAAUUUCGCAGGAGCACGGAUUCCACAUUGAAGAUCGGAGAUACCAUCGAGAUCAUUGGGCAGCAUGCUUGUUUGAUAGCCGCUGGUCACUCGUGGUACUACAUCGUCGAUUCGAAUGAAGGAGGUGACAAAGUGGUCGACAUCUGGGUCCCAUGGAAGGGUUGGUAG